CCGCUACGAGGCAGGAAGCAGUUCGAAUCAUUCCUAUGUUCAACCUUGUGUCGAGCACAUAUCCCAGUCCCAAAUAAAAAUAAAAAGCUGCCUUCAAUCAAUAACGACCGACCUGAUCUUUGAUAAUGUCCAAGUUUAAUGUCUUGGUGAUCUUCUGGUGUGCCGUGAUGCUGAUGCAGCCUUGGAUGGGGCAGGGCCUGCGCAUCAAGCGCUCGCAUGUCCAGCUGAAUGCUACAGCUGUGGCAUCCACUUCUGGACCGUUGAUGGCAACUCAAGCGGGCAACGGCACAACUUCCGGAACCGCCAAAGCAAUGGCAACAGUCGCUAGCACGGCUAAUCCUCAAACUGUGGUUAAAUCAUCCACUCGGCAAGAGCCUGCCGUGGACAACGACAAGGCUGGCGCCAUGGAAGACCCUACAAUCACCACCACAACACACACAUCCGCACCCAAAAUCGAGGAGCCACUAGUGGGGCCAUCGACUGGACUGGUUUACACUUUACUGCCCGAGCUGAAGCGCCUUAAGCGCCGCAUAUUGCUGAUGAAUGACGCCCUAAUGCCUCGUUCGGCUAACCCUCGCCCCAAAUACCGCCACGCUGCGACUGUGCUUUCUCUACGUACAGGACUGCUGCCGCCCUUUGCGUACUAUAAGAAGGUGGUCUCACCGGAUGGCAAUCUCGAGAUUAAGGACUUCGAGCUGGUGUCCCCCAACAUGGUUACUGAGGACAUGCAGCAGGAACUCGACUCUGAACCGGAAAUGAUGAACCAGGACUUGGCCGGAGUUCUCCUCUUGAACGCCUCCGAAAGCGAACCACACCGCGGCCACAUUAUGACCCCGUCCAAGUACUAUGCGAAGUACGAGUCCUCGCCUGCUCUGCCGCUAAUAUUCGACGUGUUGCAACAACUGAUGCAGCCCGAAGCAACGUUGCAGACAGCCUUAAAGAUGCACAACAGCCACAUGAAAUCACCUUUGUCUCAAUUCCUCAACGGCGCCGUGGAGCUGUCGCUGCAGACCAAUCGCGAAGCUAUCGACCAAGAGGAGGAUCCUUUGGAGCUCGAGAGUGAUGACCAACUGGACAAACCCAAGACGGGCAAAGCUAACAAAAUGGAUAAGAAAAGCAAGAAGGACAACAAGAGCAAGCGUCUGGAUGCCUCCAAGAAGGACGACCUCAAGACCAAGGAAGCUGCUGAAGUCGCACCCACCCGCAAGGAGGACGAGCAUCACGAGCAUCAUGCCAAUCGCAACGGCGAAAUAGUCGACGACGACGUGGUCAUUGUCGACCAGUGUCAUGUUGCAUAGGUCGGUCUCUAGGUCGAGGUAUAGCGGUAGGACAUUAGGUUUAUAGGUAGCAAAGAUUUCGAUUUACGCCUGGGGUGGAACUAAAUUGUUAGGUUUUUCAUUUUUUCCUUUAGUGUUUUUUUGGGGGUUGUUUGUUUAGUUUAGGAAUUUUGUCAGUGGCAAAUUAUUGAAAUAUUUUUGAAGAUUAUUUUCGGUUUUUUUGUAUCAAAACUUUGAAUGCCAACAAAGGUUAUACGUGCGUAGAAAGGUAAUAGAAAGAAAAAAAUAAAAGCAACGUACGCAUUCAUUCAAA